GAAGUAUAUUAAAAGCAGUGAUGUAAAAUGUAAGGUUUCACGGUUUUCACGCUUGUGUUAAAAUAAUAUUUUGUGAAGAAGAUGGAAGACUCAGACAACGAAGUCGAGGAGUUUGCUAUAACUGAUUAUGACUUGCAAAAUGAGUUUUUCCCUGGCCUUAAACGUCGAAAGAUGACUAAGGAACAAACAAUGUUGGGUAUCUGGGCAAGCAGGGACUCCGACGACGAUGAAGUUGGAGACAAAAAAAGGAAAGCAAACUAUAGUAUGCCAAUGCAAUUUAUCAGUGGUGGUAUUGUUAAAACCAAGGAUAAGGAUUCCUUGAUUGAGGAAAUAUUAGCAAAGGAUGGUUCACGGGAAUCUUCUCCAUCAGGAAGAAAACAUGAAAAACCACGGAAACUGUUUCAUGAGUCCUCCAGCAAAUCUGCUGGAGUAUCAAGUCAGUCUGAUCCAGAUAACAAAAUUUAUGCAAGAAUGAUGCAAAGAAAUGCUGGGAAGGACUUUGCAUCAUGGGAACAGCAUACCAAAGGUUUUGGUACAAAAAUGUUAAAAAAGAUGGGUUAUGAACCUGGAAAAGGUUUGGGAAAAGAAGGACAGGGCAUUGCCACCCCAGUGGAGGCCUUCAAACGAGGUGGACGUGGUGCACUCAGUUAUUAUGGUCCUGAAAAACAUACGAAAAAACAAGAGGUUCAAUUACCUGAGGAGGAUCUCGAAGAACAAGAGUUUCGUCAACAACUGAGUCAGUGGAGAAAGUCUGAUGUGAAAGGAAAACCAAAGUAUGUUUACAAAACUGUUGACGAGGUUAAGGCAAUAGGAAAAACUAAGAAACCAGGCCUGUCGUUGUCGACGAGUAAUAUUAAGGUUGUGGAUAUGACUGGACGAGAGGCUAAGAUAUUGACAGGUUAUGGAUCAUUCGCUACACAGCACGCUAAUCCUGAAGAUGAAGCAACAGUGUUACCUCACGAGAAGAAUGAUCGUGCAUUUUCACUUCCCGAACUGGAGUAUAACUUGAACCUUUUAUUGGACUUAAGUGAAUCAGAAAUUGUUCAAGUGGACAAACAACUCCGACACGAACGAGAUUUAAUAGUAAAUUUAAAACACGAGGAAGAAAGACUUUCUAAAGAAAUUAACCAGGAAGAAAGUGAUAUGAAACAAUUGAUGGAUGUUAUGAGUAUUAUUGAAAAGUGCAGACAGCAAAGUACUGGAGCUUCCAAUGAAAGUCUAACGUUGCAAGAUUGUGAAGUUCUUUUUGAAAAACUACAAAAUGAAUUUGCUGAUUUAUACAAAAUGUACGAGUUAGUUACAAUGGCUGUUCCACUGGUGUUUCCAAAGAUUAAGGACCAUCUAGAAAUGUGGAAUCCACUUCAGAAUCCAUGUUAUGGUCUGGAACUGGUUAAAAGAUGGAAAAGAUUACUUGAGGGAGACAAACCUAACGCCUUCACAUUAACUACAGGCCCGUCUUUAGAUCCAAACAGCAUGGACACAUACGAGAGAUUGAUUUGGGAAAUUUGGAUGCCAGUCUUAAGAAGAUACGUAGGUGUAUGGAAUCCACGUAAAUGUGAUAGUCUGGUUGAACUUCUUGAAAAUUGGCUGCCCCUUCUUCCAUCUUGGAUUUAUGACAAUAUUCUUGAUGAAAUAAUACUGCCACGUUUGCAGGCCGAAGUGGAGUCAUGGAAUCCUCUUACUGAUCCCGUUCCUAUACAUUCAUGGAUUCAUCCUUGGUUGCCAUUGAUGGGUGAGCGACUUGAAGUGCUUUAUGUUCCAAUACGUCACAAGCUAAGCAUGGCUUUAACAAACUGGCAUCCCUCGGAUCCUUCUGCCAAAUUAAUCCUGGAACCUUGGAUUAAGGUGUUUUCCAAGGGGACCUUGGACGCUUUCGUACUUCGCUCAAUAUAUCCAAAAUUGUCGCAAUGUUUGUCAGAAUUUGUCAUUAAUCCACAUCAACAACAUCUUGAGCCUUUUAAAAGCGUAAUGACGUGGAGAUAUAUAAUUCCGUUUCAACAUUUUAUCAGUCUUCUGGAGAAACACUUCUUUCCCAAAUGGAUGCAGGUUUUACGUAAUUGGUUAAAUAAUCAACCCAACUAUGAUGAAAUCACUAAAUGGUACAUGGGCUGGAAGUCGAUGUUUGAUGAUCAACUUCUCAGCAAUGCAACAGUAAAAGCUCAAUUUAAUCGUGGUUUGGACAUCAUGAACCAAGCUGUUUCAUCUCCAGUGAGUCUACAACAACCUGGGGCACGAGAAAAUGUCGCAUACUUAACAAACACUGAAAGAAGGAGAGAAGCAGAAGCUAAUUCCUCUAUUAACAAACCAAGACCUCAAACGGAACCCGCAAGAAAUACCACGGAGCAGAAUAUACCAACGAAUUUCAGAGAUUUGUUGGAAAAGAUGGCAAACGAAUACGACAUCGCGUUCCUACCUAUCACAGGCAGACGUUACGAAGGCAAAGCUUUGUAUUCUUACGGAAAACUCACGAUCUUUAUUGAACGAGGGGUUGUGUUUUAUCAAGCCCCGAAUGGAAGUUUCAAUCCUGUUUCUAUAACGAACCUUGUAAAUUUGGCAAAAUAGUUUGCCGGCUUACCGUAAACGUUGUACAGAUGCUUGGCUUUCGACAACUUUCUUCUACUAACAAGUUCUGUUGACCACGAUAAAGAGGCUCGUAGUUGACUGCUUCUCUAGUAUUCGUAGUCUAUUGCAUUGUGUACAUCGAUGCUGCAUGGGUAGUAUCAUAGCAUAUUUAUUGGUAGCAAUUGUGGCGAGUUCUUGCUGUCUGCAUGUAAUGCUCAACUGUUGCCCUACGGCAAAAUCUUCAAAAAAAUUUUUUCAUCUUUGUGGUAUGAAAAGUAGAUAUGGGCUACAUGACAAUCACAUGAAUUAUCUUGCCACAAAUUCUCUGCUGAAAUUUGUAGGAGUAAUACCAUAAACGCAUUUUCGUACGCGAAGCAGUGGGGCAGCCCGAUGUACCCGCUAAUUUAAACAGAUUUUCUAAAUAAAGUUGA